GAAGAAGAGCUUGAAGUGCCUUUGGAAGGGCUUGGAUUUCAGCAACAGGAGUCACGGCUUUGUCAGCAGAUGAAAAUGGCUACUGUUGCACCAUCGCCAGAGCCUGUUGGCUGGCAAGUGGAAUCAGUGACCAGCACAAAUUCGGGACAUGUUUGUACCCAAGCCUCCAGUUCCAAGCCUGAACUCAGCUCCAGUUCACAGACUUCGGGAAGUCAGCAGAACAAGACAGAUGGCACCCGAGUAAAAACUCGCAUUCUGCCCAACAUGCCAAAGCUUUUCAUACCUUCAUCUGUCACCAAAUUUCCACCUGAGAUCACUGUCACUCCACCCACUCCCACCCUCCUUUCUCCAAAGGGCAGCAUUUCAGAAGAGACCAAGCAAAAAUUAAAGUCUGCUAUUUUGUCUGCUCAGUCUGCAGCGAAUGUAAAGAAGGAGAGCCUUUGUCAGCCAGCUUUGGAAAUCUUAGAGACUUCAAGCCAGGAGUCCUCACUGGAAAGUGAUACUGAUGAAGAUGAUGACUACAUGGACAUAUGAAUGAAUUCUUGCCACCAUCAACACCAACCAUAUAACCAUUCUUCUUGUUGCCAGCAUCUCUGGUAGUUGAAACAUCUUCUUUGGCAUUACUCUCCAUUUAAUCUGCAUCAUUGUGUUCUUCACUUUCAUUACCUUUGUUAUCACCACUACCACUUGUAUUGCCUUCAAAAUCUUUGCCAUUCUCCCCAUCAUGGUGCUUGAUGGAAAGAAUGUUUGUUUACCAGGCAGUUAAUUAAUUUGGACCACACUGUCACCUUUAACUUCAGUAAAUGCAAGGACGUUUUAAGCUGCGAUUCACAUCUCUACUGUUCCUGCUUCUUCAAACCAGAGCCUUGGGAGUCACUCCAGUAGCUCAUUUCUAUAGCAUUUUCUUUCUUUUAGUUGUCAUUUUGCAUUUUCCCCACUAGUUAAGUUUUUCUCCCAAUAAUUCAACAGCCUACUAUCUGUCUAGCCAUGCCACGAUUAGUCCAACAGCUCCUGUUAAGGUGAAUGGUUUAGGAAAAAUUUGCUGAGCUGGUGGAGGUUUCAAUUGCAUUAAGAAAGCCUAUGGCUCUGUGGGGCGAGAAGGGUGAGCCGAGAGUCUUGUCAGCUCCUUGGCACCAUUGGGUGCUGCUUUGGAAUUUGACUUGGUCACAAUAAGCAAAGAAUCAGCUUUUCAAGGCAGACAGAGAGGUUGGCCUCCUGUUUGUGCACAUUUCACACCAAUGUAUGAGGUCCAGCAAAAAUUAUCUACCUGAAUGUUGGCUUAAAGAACUGAUCUUUCCAGAAUUGUCUUACAGUCCUUUCUCUUCUAAUGCCUUGGACAAGCGUUUUGAAUUGGUGGCUAGAUGAUAUUUUUAUGGCGGUAUUGAAAAAGCUUGAAAGAUUUCAAUACCAUUUCAGUUAUGUCUGUUUUUUACAGAAUGACACAAAAAGGUGUUUUUUAUCUAUAUGCAGAAGGACUGCUCACAGUUAUUUAUAUGAGGAAAUAAUGGUAACCAAGAUCCUUUUUUUCUACUAAAUGUUACCUUUGUAAAAUAAUGAAUGCAAACCAUGCAAAAAAAAAUACGUCACACUAUAUCUACACACGCGUGCGCCCACACAUAUAUAUAUGUGUAUGUACAUAUAUAUAUGUAUGUAUAUGUAAAAAGAAAGUGCAUAUAGCUUGCAAUGUUGGAUUUCUUUGUGUUUGGGGAGGUGAUUUUCUGUAAAAUGCAGAGCUUUGUAUAAACUUCUGUUUUUCUAAUAAAGUUGAAAUG